AUUCAGUGCAUUCAACUGGUGACAGCGGUUCAAACUACAGUAGGGGAAUACGUGGGGAAGGAAUUGAGAAGAAAGGCUUCUCUUAGAAUUUUCAAAGACACGUGCUUCCCCAACAAACAAUGUCUGAAUUACCUGAUUUUGUUUCUGAGGACCAUUUAUUCAAUGCCGUAAAAUGAAGGGAAAGAGGAUCACUGUGACAUUUAGUGAUUGAAUCAUUUCACAUUGUCUUUUUUAACAUCUUGUUAAGGCAUAAUUUGCAUACUUAAAAUUCACCCACUUUAAAGGCACAAUCUGAUCGUUUUUAGUGUAUCCACAGUUGUGCAACCAUCAAAACAAUCUAAGUACAGGGUAUUUUUACCACUUGGGAAAGAAGGCCCAGGCCUAUUACCAGUUGCUUCCCAUCUGUCUCUUCUCUCAACCCUAAUGACUACAUAGACACUUUCUAUCUCUAUGGACUUCCCUAUGAGGGUAGUUCAUAAACAUAUAAACCACAAAAUGGCGGGGGCUUGCCAUAGUUUGUAUGCACAAAUAAUAAACAAGCAAAUGUAAAAACCCGUCUAGGCCUGACGUGGUGGUGCACGCCUUUUAAUCCCAGCACUUGGGAGGCAGAGGCAGGUGGAUUACUGAGAUUUCAAGGACAGCCUGGACUACACGACAAGUUCCUGUCUUACAAAUCAGAGAGAGAGAAAACACAAACCAACAACAAAAAAACAUAAUGAGAACCAGGCAGGCCACUAAUUUCCAGCUACUCAAGAGACUUGCAGUAAAGCUGUUGCAAAUUUAAGGCCAACCUGGGCUACUGAGAGCUCCCUCUGGGCGUUUUAGGGAGUGGCUGUCUCAAAAGAUGAAGAGGGAGCCAGACAGUGGUGGAGCACGCCUUUAAUCCCAGCACUCAGGAGGCAGAGGCAGGCGGAUCCCUGUGAGUUCCAGGCCAGCCUGGGCUACAGAGAGCUACACAGAGACACCCUGCUACACAGAGAAACCUUGCUCGAAAAACCAAAAAAGAAGAUUAAGAGGGCUGGGUAGUGGUUCAGUGGUAGAAUACCUGCCUGGCAUGUGCGACCCUGGGUUCGAUCCACAGUACCAGAAAGGAAGGAAUGGACGAACACAGGAACAACAGACCCGGGGCAUGGUGGCCACUCCAUUAAUCCCAGCACUCGGAAGGCAGAGGCAGGAGGAUCUCUGUGAGUUCGUGACCAGCCUGGGCUACACAGUGAGAUCCUGACUCAAAACCAAACAUCAAUAGAGCAGUGGUGCCGGACAAAAUCUUAUUGACUUGGGAUAGCUUUCCCCGGGCUUUCCAGCCUGGCAUACUCGCACACGGGCGGUCCGGAUGCUCCCGGAACCUUUAUUUUCUCCCCACCUACAAGCAUUCAGGAACAGAACAAAAGCACACGCGCAGUGUUGAUCGACAGAGAUUGCAGCCAAUGAGAACGCUAAAGCCUGUAGGCUACAGCCAGUAAGACGGCCGAGGAAGUGACGUCAAGAGAACUGCAGGGGCCCAGGUCGGAUAUAAACUUCGAGAGGGCCGAAGCAAAUCACUUCUUCGCUUGUGCGGCCGAGAGGAAGCGAGAUGUCAGAACGCAAAGUUCUGAACAAAUACUACCCACCUGACUUCGACCCAUCAAAGAUCCCGAAACUCAAGCUACCCAAGGACCGGCAGUAUGUGGUUCGGCUGAUGGCCCCCUUCAACAUGAGGUGUAAAACAUGUGGAGAAUACAUCUACAAGGGGAAGAAAUUCAAUGCACGCAAGGAAACGGUCCAGAACGAGGCCUACCUGGGCCUGCCGAUCUUCCGCUUCUACAUUAAGUGCACGCGCUGCUUGGCCGAGAUAACGUUCAAAACAGACCCGGAGAACACGGAGUACACCAUGGAGCAUGGUGCCACGCGCAACUUCCAGGCCGAGAAGCUCCUGGAGGAGGAGGAGGAGAAGCGUGUGCAGAAGGAGCGCGAGGAUGAGGAGCUGAACAACCCCAUGAAGGUUCUGGAGAACCGCACGAAGGACUCAAAGCUGGAGAUGGAGGUGCUGGAAAACCUGCAGGAGCUGAAGGACCUGAACCAGCGGCAGGCGCACGUGGACUUCGAGGCCAUGCUCCUGCAGCACCGCCUGUCACAGGAGCAGCGGCGACCAGACGAGCGCGAGACGGCGGCCUUGCUGGAGGAGGCUCACCACCACGCCAGGCUUCUGGAGGAUUCUGACUCAGAAGAUGAAGCUCCGCCUUGCCGACCACGGGCAGUAGCAAGACCCAACCCCACAGCCAUCCUGGAUGAGGCGCUAAAGACCAAGAGGAAGGCAGAGGCAGUAGGCCGUAGAGCACAGCUGGCCAGCUUGGUUGUGCCAAAGAAGGUAAAGGUGGAAGUCAACAGGGGCUCAGAACAGGUCCAGAUGCCUUCUGCAGGUGCCCCCGAGAGCAGGAAGGCAGCCAGCCAUGCACCCCAGACACCCAGGGCCUCCUCCCUGAGCCAGCUGGGUGCAUAUGGGGACAGCGAGGACAGUGACAGCUGAGCCCCCACAGUGGCAUCACAGACCCAAGAAACCAGAGGAGAUGGGAACAAGAAAGGCACCCUCAGCAAACACCUCGUGACAGUGUCUGCCAUGGGUCCUGGCAGGGUAUGAAGAGGCAAUGUCCCUCAGCCCCAGGAGCCCCAGGAUCGACAGCUUGGUCCACUCCUUCAGUCCUUGAGUUAUGGGGAGCCUGUUGGUACCAUCCCUUCCUGCUACAGACAGAUCUGAAUACUAUCUGGCAUGGGGCAGGAUCCCUGGGGACCGUCUCCCAACAAGGCCUGGGGCUCCAUCCACAACACAAUAAUACUGUGUGAAAAAGAAGAAAAUCAAUUGACAAUCAGGGGGACCAGCGAGCAACCCUGCCGGACUGUGUAACCAGGGCUUAACCCUUACCUGGAAUUUUGGCCAAACACCACCCUCAGCAUGUGUCCUUCGUUCACAAUUUGGCAUUGCAUUAGUCUGUGUUCUGGUACUGUAAGAAAACUGCCGAGGCUGAGUCUGUUGUAUAGAACACAGCGAGCUUGGUACUGAGUAGCAGUAGAGAGACUGGCCCAUGUAGCCCAGACUAGCCUCCACCUCCCCAGUGAACCACCAAGCUGAUCUUAAGCCUGAAAUGUUCGUGUUGGAGUCUGCUUUUCCCCCGGAAUUCUUGGCUCUCACACCCUAAGUGAGAGCCCCUCCCCCAGGCAAGAGCAGGUGCACCCUAGGAUCUGGUUGGAGCCCUCCCCUCCCCACCCCCACCUUGACCUUCCCAUCUCUGCAGCUGUGAUC